CGGGAGACUAAUCUUUUCUUUAACUUUUCAUAUUAUUACAAAAAAACGCCAAAAGCUUUCGCUUUAGAUCAUGUCCAGAUUUCUCCUAGCAUGGAUUUUUAUGUCCGCCGCGUUAUGGCUAAUUCUUAUGCCGCAACAAACAAACGCGGCUCGAGCGUUCUUUGUGUUUGGCGACUCACUCGUGGACAGUGGUAAUAACAAUUACUUAGUCACCACCGCUCGUGCCGAUUCUCCGCCGUAUGGAAUCGAUUAUCCGACCGGUCGACCAACUGGUCGUUUCUCCAACGGCUUGAACCUCCCUGACAUCAUCAGUGAACAAAUUGGAUCUGAGCCUACAUUACCAAUUCUUAGCCCUGAGCUCACCGGAGAGAAGCUAUUGAUCGGAGCUAACUUUGCCUCUGCCGGUAUUGGAAUACUCAACGAUACUGGCGUUCAAUUUUUGAACAUUCUUAGGAUCGGAAGGCAAUUCGAGCUGUUCCAAGAGUAUCAAGAAAGAGUGAGUGAGAUUAUAGGUUCAGACAAAACACAACAGCUUGUAAACGGGGCUCUUGUCCUCAUGACUCUCGGUGGCAACGAUUUCGUCAACAACUACUUCUUUCCCAUCUCUUCUAGAAGACGCCAAUCAUCUCUCGGAGAGUUUAGCCAGCUUCUCAUCUCAGAAUACAAGAAAAUCCUAACGAGGCUGUAUGAGUUGGGAGCGAGGAGGGUUAUGGUGACGGGAACAGGACCGUUGGGUUGCGUACCAGCCGAGCUUGCCUCAUCCGGAAGUGUGAAUGGAGAAUGUGCACCCGAGGCUCAACAGGCUGCAGCAAUAUUCAAUCCGCUUUUGGUUCAAAUGCUUCAAGGACUUAACCGUGAGAUUGGUUCUGAUGUUUUCAUUGGGGCUAAUGCCUUUAAUACAAAUGCGGAUUUCAUCAACAAUCCCCAAAGAUUUGGUUUUGUGACUUCAAAGGUAGCAUGUUGUGGACAAGGCGCAUACAACGGGCAAGGCGUUUGUACCCCGUUGUCGACCUUAUGCCCUGACCGCAAUGCCUAUGCUUUCUGGGACCCUUUCCACCCAACCGAGAAAGCCACUCGACUCAUCGUCCAACAAAUCAUGACUGGUUCCGUUGAAUACAUGAACCCCAUGAACCUUAGUACCAUCAUGGCUUUAGACUCCAGAAUAUAAUCAAGGAAGUAAUCUUUUUUCAGAAUAUGUUAUGUGACACAAUGUUAGCUGAUAUGCAAGUGUCAUUUCGGUAUCUCUACUUAAUUUUGGCAUUUUUCAUACCGGCUUUAGAUACUAAUCAAUUAUCAUUAUUGUA